AGGGGAAAAACCUUUUUUCUUUGCGGGUGGGGGGGGACUUUCAAAAAAGUUUUUCCACCGCUCUUUCCCUCUUCCUCUUUCUCCCUCGAUCCCCCCUCCUCGGAGUCAGGUGACUUUUUAGAAUUGUAGUAGAACCAGGAGAGCUUGGCGGCUUUGGGGGAGCCCAGUAAUGGACUCUGCUUCACUCUCCAAACGGAGCACGGCGCUGAAAUUACUAGGCUUGGCAGGGGCUCCUCGUCAUCGUCAUCACCGCCACCAUCACCACUCCCCUCAGAGCAUGACAGGCUUCGCCGGGCAUCCCCACUCCAUGGUUCCCACGCACCCUGGGGAGUACGCUGCAGAAAGCCGCCUCGGGCUGAGUCCAUUCCGGUCAGAACACAUGGGGCACCACCACCAUCCUCUCCAUCAUCAUCAUCACCACCACCGCCACCACUCGCAUCCUCCUCAUCACUCAGCGGCCCUUAAGCUCAGCCCUGCCCCUCAGCCUCAUCCCCACCAUCCUGUGACAGGCCAAGCCGAGGUGGUACCCAGUCCAGCAGGAGCAUUUGGCCCGGCGCAGUCAACAACAGUCCCUUACGCAGUCCCUCACCCAAGUCAUGCUCUUUCAUCAGGUAGGGAAUUCUUCCUGCGCAGAGAUCUGACAGCCCCAGUCAUGCCAGGGCUCCCUUAUCAACACUCUGCUGCUACAGGUUCUCACCAUGGAAUGUUUGUCUCAACAACAGGUAGCUACCCCGGACACCAUGCUCACCACCACCACCACCUCCACCACCACCACUCAGAAGCCGGAACUCCCUCGCUUUUUACUGGACUCCACCAUGAGCAACCUCCCCAUGCAGCUCCAGGUGGCCAUCUAAACGGACAGAUAAGGCUGGGGCUACCUGGAGAAAUGUAUGCCAGGUCUGAACCUUUCACGCCAGUACCAGUCUCCAGGACAGAUCCUUUUGCUGCUUCCUCCUUCCACGGCUACGGUGGCAUGAACCUGAACGUGAAUUUAGCUCCACACCACGGCCCUGGGGCUUUCUUUCGCUACAUGAGGCAGCCCAUCAAGCAGGAGCUCAUCUGCAAGUGGAUCGAACUGGACCAGACUCCCAAAAAAUUAUGCUCGAAAACUUUCAGCACCAUGCACGAGCUGGUGACUCACGUCACCGUGGAGCACGUUGGAGGGCCGGAGCAGUCCAACCACAUUUGCUUCUGGGAAGAGUGUCCCAGGGAAGGGAAGCCUUUCAAGGCCAAAUACAAACUGGUCAACCACAUCCGAGUCCACACGGGGGAGAAACCUUUCCCUUGUCCUUUCCCGGGAUGCGGGAAAGUCUUCGCUCGCUCGGAAAAUCUCAAAAUCCACAAAAGGACGCACACAGGCGAGAAGCCCUUCAAAUGCGAGUUCGAGGGCUGCGAGCGCCGCUUCGCCAACAGCAGCGACAGGAAGAAGCAUUCCCACGUGCACACGAGCGACAAGCCCUACAACUGCAAAGUGCGAGGCUGUGACAAGUCCUACACGCACCCCAGCUCCUUGCGGAAGCACAUGAAAGUCCACUGCAAGUCCCCACCUCCCAGCUCGGGCUACGAGUCGUCCACCCCGUCGCUGGUGUCGCCGUCGUCGGACUGCGGCCGGGAGCCCCCUCAGCCGCCGCCGCCACCGCCGCCGCCACCACCUCCCGCAGCGGCUUCCUCCACCCAGGCGGCAGCCAACCUGAGCGAAUGGUACGUGUGUCAGAGCUCAGGGGCCAGCGGCAUCCCGACUCCACCCAGUAACUCUCCGUCACCUCACCCGGGAGAGGCCGCUUACACGAACUGCGAGCCCCGGCCCACUUAUUAAAGUCAAUACGAUGUCUAUCCCGUUGCUCUCAAGGUAAUCUAGACAGAGGCAGCUGAAAAGCCCCGCAUCUUAUGCCUUAGACAUCAAAGCAGUCUCUCACAAUGAAAGUAUUUCUUCGCAACGGUGAAUCUUCAUGGUGAGUUAAGAUUUCUAUAGCAAUAGGCUAGUCAUACUUAAAAAGAGUGAAAAGCGAAGUCUGGAGCCCGUCCAGUCUUUUCAUGAAGGACAUAAUAUUUAGGUCUAACAGAUUCUCUCUCUUUCUCCCCAUCCCCUCGCGGCUCAGUUUCUUUCUCCCAUCCUCACCGAUGUAUAUAUAUAAAAAAACAGAAAACACCCCAACAGUGCCAAAACCACAUCACACACACACACACACACACACACACACACAUUUGUAUGUUGUGUUCGUGAUGGACAUGGAGUAUGCAUAUUUUCCCUCCGAAUUUCCGGGGCAAGAAAACCCCCACGCGAAUGGGGGUCCUUGUUCCAGCCCAUAAUCAGAAUGGAUAAGAAUGUCAGGAAGAAAAAGGGGGCCGCCUGAAUCGCCGUCCGCCAGUUCACUUUUGUUUCUCUCCUUCUGGGCCAUGAUCAGAGACGGCCUUUGGGAUUUGAUGGCGACUUUUCUAAAGGCGAGGAAAUGGGUUUGAAGGAGGGAAAAGAAAAGGAGAAAGGUCUAAUCAAGCCCGGCCUUGUUCAAAGGCUCUGAUUUUUAUUUUAUUUAUUUAUUUAUUUUUGGUUGGAGGGUGGGGGUUGAAAGUGUGAGCUUUAUGGUGCAUCAACAUGCCACGUUAGGAUCGCUAUGGUAAUGAGCCUAGCAAUAGCAAGCGCCCUUGAAAAGGAGGCACACUCCAUUCGAGACAGUCUAUUAAGAUACAUUUGCACUGACCUUUGGUUUCAUGCUAGCUUAAUACAUUCAAUCUGCUCUUCCUCAGAGAUGGACUUCCUCCAUCUCGUCCCCUUUGGCUUGCUUUGCUGGCUUGCUCUCUAAAGGAGGGCUUUUGUUGCAGCAUCUUGGAUCUCUGCGAUUAAGAAACCGAAGCAGGGGAGGGCGGGAGGGGGCGAGGCGGUUUUAUAAGAGCUACCAGUGUCGAGUGAAAUUUUGCACCCAUGGAAAUCUGGGGCUGGGCUGGGACUCAGUAGUAGAGGACCCACUUUUGUUCAAAGCAGCCCACCUGGCUAGAAUAGGACUGCUCAGGAGCAAGUCAGUAAUGGACCAGUUUUGUUUACUAGUGGGCUCACAAAACUCUUGCCUCCACGCCCCUAGCCUUAACCCUCCUAAGACAUCCUACAAGCACGAUCCAAACAGUAGCUGGUGUCACUAUUCUUAUUCAUAAAUGUAUAUAUUUGCUGAUCUUUGCUUUGCAAGUAACAUUUCGAUAUUUCUGUGUCUGACUCCAUCCUCCUUAGGAUCUAGCUCCUUGCUGAAUGCUGCGGCUUUAAGUUGCUUUUUGACACUAUUUCCUUCUUUGUAAACACACACAGUCACAUCCACACACACACACACACACACACACACACUGCUGAAGAUAGAGACUGAACUAGAAAGGGAUGCCAUUUCCAGAACAAAGACUGAUGAAUCUUCUGAAUUUCUUGACUCUUUCACGGAAACAAACAAGGACUAGAUCCUAGGUGUGUGGCAAAAACCAUGUCCCAAGAAAUUAGGGUUUAAUGCCUUCCAGGGCUACAGAACUUGACACUCCCAAGUCUGAGGCCACGGGCGAUGGGCCAUGGUCCCGGGAAAGUUAGAAGUCCAUGUUCCAGUAAUUGUCUUCUUGUUUAUUUUAUCCAAGUACCCCAGUGAAUAGGGGAAAAAUAAACACGCCGAACAAAAAAAAAAA